GCCAAGAGCAAGUUGGCCGUGAGUGCACGUACGGGAAGGGAGUGGCUCAUCGCCGCUCAUCUACCACCGUCCGUUUCCCUGCUUUGCCAUGCCUCUCUUCAACCUCUAGAAGCUAGCGCUCCUGCUAUUUAGCCACCCCUCGCACCCAACCCAAAUCCCUCCAGAGCUUGGCACAUCGUCUGCAGACUAGCUUAGCCACUGCACUAGUGGAGGAGGAGGAGAUCGAAGCACGCGCACGAGGCUAUAGCCCCGCGUGUGGAGCAGGUUUUUGGGUCGCGCGCGUUAGAUGGCACGUACGCGUUGACAAUGUACAACCCGGAGCAGCAGCAGCCGCCGCCGCACAUGGCGCCGCCGCGGAUGUCCUUCUCCAGCGACUUCGCGCUGGAGCCGCCGCCGCCGCCGCGCCCGCCGGGCCGCGCGGACGCCGACUUCGAGUUCUCGCCGGUGGGCAGCCGGCCCAUGAUGGCCGCGGAUCAGCUCUUCUCCAAGGGCCGCAUCCUGCCGCUGCGGGAGGCGGCGCGCGGGGCCCCGACGACCCUGCGCGACGAGCUGCGCGCGCACGACGCCGCCGACCGCGGCGCCGCCCGCCGCGGGCCGCUGUGGAAGGAGCUGCUGGGGCUCAAGAGGGCGCACAGGAAGGGCGCCGCGUCCGCCGCCGACGCUCACGUGGAUCUUGGAGACCAUGCUGCCGCAGAUGCAGGAGAGUGAAUAAGCCAGCUGAGGCCCGUCACUUGAUUAAGUAGCGCGGCAUGUAACUGGAGCAUUGAUCUUUCACAGGUCACCGUCGUCUAACUUUGUCAUUUCUUUCACUGGUUGGGGAAGAAAGAAAACCUAAGGCGCGGCCAUCUCCAUUCACCUAUUGGAUUCCUUUCUGGAGCGGAAAAGAAGAUCUUGGGCUCUUUGCUAUGACCUUUUUUCGGGCUAGGACUGAUCGAGUAAUGGCUAUCUACUAGUAACUAGUGGGUGAUUAUUUUCAGCUAGCUGAGUUCUAUAUAUUUUUUCCCCUAGCUUCUUUGGUCUGGAGGGUCAGUUGAUCGUAUUUUUCCCGCCGGGUGUCGUCGGCAGGACUAGUCGUUUGUGGCGUGUUUUUAAUCUCAACCUGUACAAAGUAAAAUGUGUCUGUCCGUAGCUUUUGCAUUCAGUGAAAAGAAAAAAGGGUAAUGAAAAAUGGGUCACCUGAUCCGAUUCAUCAAA